AUCAAAUGCUGUCAUUAGCAAUCAAAGCUGGGGAAUUCGGUACCAACGCUGACUUUCCCACACUUCAUUCAGAGCUCGAGCAACCUAGCAGUCGCCUUUGCAUUUUAUCUGAACAGCGUCUUGCGCCUGACUGCACACUCUGCUUAUUCUAGCUAUUGGGUGCCCAAAGUCGAACACGGAGCAAACCCGGCCGAAUUCUGGUGGACCGAGUUGGUAUGCCCGCUCCCCUCUUCUGGCGAACAAGUAAAGGUCCGCUCGUACCUUACCUGAGCCUCUUUGCGCAGCGCUCCCUUGAUUCCUUCAAGGGUAGGAGGGAACUAUCGAUCGGACCUGGUUGAACGUGUAGCAUAUGUUUGUCUGGCUUGUCGUUGGGCCAGCUCUCUAUUGCCGACAUACGCUGAUGGUUGGGCAAACUCAGGAUUCAAGGGUUACGAGCUCCUCCCGCAUUUAAUACGGAUCCAUACCCCCUCCUCUCGAACCUCCCAACCCACCACCGAACGAGAGCCUUUUUUUUGCUUCAAGCAACACCAAUACGAGCCCCCCCGUCGCACUGCUAGCAGCCUCAAGCUUCGUAACGUGAAUCGCCCUGUCCGCGUUGGCCUGCCUUGCAUGGCUUGUAGCAUGAGGUGUUAUGGGUAUGCGUCGCUCUUCUCCAAGUUCAACUCCCGCCACCACCUUGCCAUACCCACCUUCUCGACCACUGCUUUCGAAGGAUGCUGCCACUAUAGCCCUCCGGCGAAUGUCAGGCGCUGCCUCGCCGGCGCUCGAGACUCUGGAGCUGGCUGUGGCGGCCGACUGCACAGGUCAUGCGCCUUUAAAACUCACCGGCCUAAGGCUUUACCAUUCGACCGAGAAGCUUGCUAACCUCGAUGGUUCUUAUGCGGAAGCAGGUCAUAAUCGAACAAUGUCUCCCGAAAGCGUCUCCUCUCUAUUCCCCCAGAGGCCGAUUCGUCCCUUGCCGAAGCGUCGCUUGAGGGAACGCCUCUCUCCCGAGGUGGCAGACUCCAUCGAGUACCCCCCUGCGAACCACAACAGUAGUCCUCUGUUCUACUACCCAAAUAUCGUGCGAGAUGAGAUGCCCUUCAAGGCAGGAGGCUUGAACGGUGCGAGUCGAGGUAAUGGAGGGUAUGGAGGAGCACCCCGAGGAACCCCAGCGAUUGGAGAGAGUGACGAGGAGGAAUUGGCGCUGAGCAGCAGCAAAGUGGUUCGGCGUUCACAUCCAGAGAUACUCAACCGCGUCUCAACGAAGCCUCCGAAACCGGAGCACUCUAAGCACCCCAGUCCUCAACCGCCUCCUUCGACGACAUCCUCAGCAGAUGGGUACGAAUCGUUCGAGAACACCAACAACAAGAAGAAGAGGAAGAUUCCGACUGCUGGAGACUCGACACUAUCUGGUGUACACUCCAUGGGUGAUAUCAACUCUAUAGGUGUAUCAACAGUCAUGUCUCCGUCAAACGACCACGGUGACCUUGCUGGAUCGAUACCACCGUCAUACUACGGGGCUGGAAGUUUCGUUGGAAACAAUCAAGGCAUCUCAGGACCAGGACGAGGCAGAUUCGGAAGAUCAAGGAAUGGCAGAAGUCCGCUUAGGGCUCUAUCCGACGCAACAAUCAACUGGGUGGGCAGGGGAGCCAAGAUCCGGCCGCCUCAAUGGGCAACGUCAAACGAAAAUCCCGGCAUCAUUUCAAGUGCCAUUGCGAAUGCAGAAAAGGUCCACUCAGCUCCGGGUCAGGAAAACGUGAGCCUCCUCCAUCAGCAAUCCUCCAGCGUCAAAUCUAGCCCUACUGCCACUCAGUUCACCUUCACUUGCGACUCCCCAGUUCCAAAGCCUCACUGGCCCGGAACUGAUCCUGCGAUCUCCCACCCCGGAUACCCCAGACAACCCAGACACGCCUCGAUGGCGACACAGACUACGCCAGAUGCCGCCGGCACGGAAACUGGCUCAGGCGAUCCUGCGCCUGCUGGCAAGAAGGCUCCCCGGCCCAUGUCAAAGAAGAAGCGCCGUCAGCUUGCUGAGAAGGAACUGCGUAACGCAGCCAAGUCACGUCGUCAGGAAGCCGAGGAGAAAUACUACAAAAAUCCACCCAAGCUCGAGGAUAUGUGGAUUUGCGAAUUUUGCGAGUACGAGAGAAUAUUUGGCUCGCCUCCUUAUGCCUUGAUCCGGCAAUACGAGAUCAAGGACAAGAAAGCCCGCGAGAAGGAGUCAGAGCGGAAGCGACUCUUGGAGAAGGCCAAAACCAAGGGCAGGAAGGCCAGGAAGCAAGCCAAGUCCCCCGCCAAGACGACUUCAUCUCACAACCACACCGAGGACCAAGGCGCUCGUGCUCCUGUGGACCCUGAUGAGAGCAACUCCAGUCCUGGCGAUGACUAUCUUGACGAUUAUCCGAAUGGCAACUAUCACAACGACGAAGACUUUGAAGAUACAUACUCUCAGGACGACCCGCCGAUGCUGCUCAGCGACGACCCAGACCAAGAGUGUACUUGCCCACAUACAACCUGCAGCGAUUGCGGCGGAGACCAGAAUGAGGUGGAUGACCCCGGCGAGGCAGUUGACUGAAGAGGUCCACUCGCGGGCUUCCUGGGGUGCACAGCACUGUGAUUUUGGUGACCGCGCGUGGUCUCUUUCACUUACCCAUACUUCAUUAUACCCGUUAUCGCAUCAAUACAACAGCACAGCAUUGGCCUCACAGGUCUCAGCAUCGGAGGCUGAUCAUUGGUCGGUUGGCUGGCAAGUGAAGGGAACGCCAACCUACUUGGACAUUGCUUGAUGAUAUUGGAAGCAUCAUGACCCAUCAACUUGGGUUUGGACAAAGGCGCCUUUCAGCCACCCUUUGGAAUACGCCCUCAUCAUCAACAUGUUUUUAUUACUAGCGACCACCAUUUUCAGCAAUGGAAGUUAACAACCGAAAAUACCAGAAAAAAACAAGGCAAUACUCGUCUCAGAGAGUUCGAGUUCUAUGCCACGAUGAUGGAACGCACCAAGCAUUGCCCAUGCCUUCUAAGAGACCGUCGAGCUAAGAAUCAAGCUCGUGGUGUUGUCUGUUUGGAAAGCUGUCGAGGGAGGCUUGGAACUUUAAUCAGCGGGUCAGGAUGGAUAUUGGUCCAGCCAGGUCUAGACUUUUGAGGCUCAGGAAAGGGAGACGGGAGGUUGUCAAACGCCUCGUGAAGGUUACUUGUCAAAGAUACACACACAUACCCCUUACCCUUAGACUACAUCAAGUCGUCCCCAG